AUGGCUGCUCCGUGCGCCCUCGCGCCUACAUCUGACCCUGUCCCAACCACAAAACCUCCACCGACAGACUCGUGUCCUGAUACCGAUACAAGCAACCCUGACAUAAACUCCGACACUGACCAUGACCCUGAUUCCAAGCCCUCGCCACUCCUCUCCCUCCUUCUCGAGAUCCGCUCCUCCCCAAACCACUCCUCAACUCCCGACGCCUUCGCAGCCCUAUCGGCCCCGUACCUCGACACCCCUCCUACCGAUCUCUUGUCUGACUUCAUUCCCCCCCUCUUCGACCUCAUGCUCCGCCACCCCUCACACGUCGUCCUACAAGUUGCUGCCACUCACAUCCUCAGUACCAUCUCCCAUUCAUCUCCGCAAGCCGCCCGCACAGUUGCAGACUCGAAGGGCAUCCAAUUACUCGUGCACACCAUGCUCUUCCACACGCAGUCCUUCUCCGUCUCUUUUAACGCCGUCAGAGCCCUCGCAGUGCUUGUUCCCGCCGCCCCAGAGUUGGUCCCGGCCCUCAUCCGCCUCUUUGGCGUCGAGGUCGUCGUUGCCGCGGGAAAGACCUUUCUCAAACACGAAGACUUCCAGAAAGUCGCCCUUGCCGUCCUCACCCUCAUGGCAGAGGGCGAUCAUGCCACCGAUGUUGCCGCCGCUCUCCGUCGCGGCGGCCACGUCCGAGCCGCUAUGCGUGCCAUGAAGUUUCACCGCAGCAACGCUGAAAUCGCCCUGGAAGCGUGUCACCUCAUAGGCCAGGUUGCCAAGAGAGCUGACAAGGGCACUAUGGAGCAAAUAGGAAGACUUGGCGCCAUCCGCAUGCUAUGUUUGGCCAUCGUCGCCUUGAAGGAUGAUGAGGACGUGCAGUUUUCCGCCUUCCAGGCCUUAUCCACUCUUGUUGCCCGCGACGAGUUUUGCGCGAGCCAGCUUGGCUCCAUGCGCGGCAUUGAGAUUGUGGUGCGUGCCAUGCGCAAGUUUCGCGACUCUGCCGAGUUAAGGAUUAAUUGCUUGAUCUUGCUGGACAUCAUGGCUGCUCUGGAUGACAUGCAGGCCAUGGUUGUGUUUACCAUUGGUGGACUGGAGGCCAUUAUCAGCUCGAUGAUUGAAUUUAGACAUAAUCUUGAAGUACAGCUGUAUGCAAUUCGGAUCAUUGACCGUAUAGUAUGGUGCCGGGAAGACGUUCGUCUGAAGCUUCUCUCAGACGGCAGCAUGAAGACCAUCAGUGCUUCGCUGAGAACCCAUAUAACUAAUGAAGCACUCGUAGAAAGAGGUGUCAAGCUGCUACGUCAUAUUCGAUAUUCGAAGUAA